CACAAAAAAAGCUAUGGAUUGUUCUCCAUCCUUCCCUGAUUUAGAAUAUAUUUUCAUUGUCAUGGCAUGCUUGGUUCAAUAGCUAUUGGCGAGAGAAGCGAAUAUCCUAUAUAAAACAACCUUUACCUUGGUAUUGAACCAUAUACCUACCUGCUCUCUAAAAAGUCGGUUUAACAAUACUUUCCUGGGGAUAUUUUGUCUCAAUGAAGAUGAAGGACAAACCACACAGACAAUCGGUAUAGUAAGUUUAAAUGUAAUUUUAUUCAACAUUCUGGCAAGGAACAUUUACAAGAUUUUGCAGGCAUUUGUUUCAAGCUGUUUAUACCCAUUAAUUGUGUAUUACAGACUGAUUCGUCAGACUAGUAUGUGGGUGCUAGCUAGCUGUGUUUAAUAAGUCUAUUGUGACUUACAAUUAGUGCAUUUAUCUUAAGAUGGUUAGGUGGGACAACCACAUAUGGGGCGACGGGGUAGCCUUGUAGUUAGAGCGUUGGACUAGUAACCGAAAGGUUGCAAGAUCGAAUCCCCGAGCUGACAAAUCUGUCGUUCUGCCCCUGAACAAGGCAGUUAACCUACUGUUCCUAGGCCGUCAUUGAAAAUAAGAAUUUGCUAAAUAAAGGUAAAAUAAACGUAAUUGGCAACUAACCUACCUGUAGUACAUCUUGGGCCAGCCCAACUGUUACUAAUGUCCGCUGAGAAAACUUCUGAAAAUGAGCCAGCUGGUGUUUUAACUUUCACAUUAAUUCAUGUCGCACUUAACUGGUCAUGAGACCUGCAUACUUCCGUACCUACUUGUUCAAAAAUAUCUUUGUGUGGCACAUUUCAAUCAUGUUUAGCCCAUUACAUAAUAUAUUUAUGACGCUACCUACGUGACUCAGUCGGGAGGACUUCAAGAGUUCAGUGUUAGCCAGACAUGGGCAUUGUCUUAAAUUGCCUCUACCUGCCGUUGGUUUAUGUUCUGGUAGUACUCUCACUCUUUGUGUUCUCAGGUAAUGGAACUGAUCAGGUACUAGAACUGGGAAAAAGAUUACUGACAGAUUUCAUCUACGAGCGGGUUCGUCGCCAUGCUGACAGCAGUACUCAGUUGUCAGUGUCACGGACCCAGUUGGGCGGGAGUGAGCUGUGUGACCACAACGAAAAGAAACUGGCCCAGUGCCUGCAGCAGAUUGGAGAUGAGCUGGAUGGCAAUACACAACUCCAAAGUAUGAUAAAUGAUACUGCACUCCAGCCCAGCCAGGAGGUUUUUAUGAGUGUGGCCUGUGAGAUCUUCUCUGAUGGAAAGUUCAACUGGGGCAGGGUGGUGGCACUCUUCUACUUUGCCUGUCGGCUGGUCAUCAAGGCUCUGUUGACCAAGGUCCCCGACAUCAUCAGAACCAUUAUCAGCUGGGCCACAGACUACCUGCGAGAUCAUGUGAUCAACUGGAUUAGGGAGCAGGGUGGCUGGGAGGGAAUCCGUUCCUACUUUGGCACUCCCACCUGGCAGACCGUGGGGGUGUUCCUCGUUGGAGUUCUUACCACUGUGCUGGUCAUCCGCAGGAUGUGAGGGGGAGGAGAGCCUGAGAGAAGAAAGGACAAAGAGGGAGGGACAUAAGACUGGGUAGUAGAGACAGACCUGAUGUGAGGGUAAAUGGGAACUGUUUCUGGGGAAGGAAAAGGUGAGGAAAAAUAGAGUUGGGAAUGGAAAAACGGCAACGUUUGGACCUGAUCAACCACUCCUCUUUCCUGCCCUCCAUCCAUGGCAAAGGAUCGAGUCAGAUUCAAAGUUCUUCUUGCCUCUGUUCCCUACACCGCUGAAAAUGUGAGCGGCUCUUGACCGCACAUACAGGAGAGAAGGAUGGAAAGAGAUCUAUAGACUCGGCCAGGGCACAUCUUUUAAUUAAUUUAUUUUUUUAUUUCUUACAAACAAACAAGUCGCUGCAUGACAUUUUGUUGCUUAAGUCUUAUGACAUGAACUGAUGACAUUAAAUCAUUUCCCCCCCUCAGGUUAGGCAUGAGAAUCUCCUAUGCUUUCCUGCUGUGCUUUAUUUCUGUUGCACUUCUCCCAUUGAGUCUCUCCUUUUUCCUAUCUGAUCAUUCUCCCCAGCCGUCUUCAUGGUAUCUCUUUGCUAGAGUAUGCAUUUUGGGGUGUGUGUCUGUGAGCAUCUACGUGUGAUCAUAGGAUCAACAGAUGUUCCAGGUACGUGUGUGUGUGUGUGUGUGCGCAAUUCUACUGCGCACACACACAGCACUGUCCUUCUCUCAGACAUUUACCUCUCUCUCAGCAUAGUGUUCAAAGUACUGUAUUCUAUGGUGGGCUAUUUAAAAGUAGACUAUACCAUAAUCCUUCACAAUCAAAUGCUCUUUUUAUACACCUUGUUAAUGUGUUAACAAAUAAGGGAACUUUUUCUUAUUUCUUUUAAGUUGUCAGUGCCUUUGUCCUUUUUUCAUUUGUACAAUAAAUUGCUUUGAUAUUGUUCAAAUUUUUUCACUUUUUCUAUAUAUCUUUUGUAAAACUCUUGUCCCUUGAAACAAUCUUUUUGCAAUGACAGUUUGUUUUUGUAUGUUGUAAUAUGAACAUAAAAUAAAAACAUUUUAUGGAUUGCGA